CAACACCGCAGUAGGUCGCACCUUUCGUCGUGCCCCGCUAGGUUUCCUCUCUACCCUGGCAGCUGGCGCACACCCCUCACCUACCAAUCCACGGAAUCAUCUUCGAGCUUGGCGGCACCUCUCUACGUGGAGGAAGCCCGAAGUCGGCGAGGAGGCGUCGACCGUCCACGCGAGGAAGCUCGAAGCUCUCUCACGUGCGCCUCCACCAGAUCCCGUUCUCUCCCUGGAUCCAAUCGCGCCGCCGCCUCUGCCACCCACCUCGUCGGACACCCAGCCCCUCCCACGGCCAGCAGGUCCUCUGAAGCUCAAGAGCUCCUUGUCCGCUUCCCUCCUCCAUGUGACCGUCGAGCGUCCCAUGCUCGUCCUCGCUCGUAUGACCGGUCGCGCAGGCCAAGGUUGCCGUGUUGUACUGAGUGGGGUGGUGGUGCAGAGGGUUUCUCCACGGACUACUCUGUGACGUCUGAUGGUUCCGGCGGCUCGAUGGCCUUGAUUUGGCCUACCAUCAUGAGGGACGCCAUAGAUUGGAUUUGGAAGGUCAUUGACAUUGGGAAUUACAAUUUUGUGCAGUUGACUGAAGUCUUGUCUGUCAACUACCUAGAUAGGUUCCUCAUUGUCUAUGAACUUCAUAAAGGCGAAGCUUGGACGAUGCAUCUCUUCGCACUGGCCUGCUUGUUUCAGGCUUCAAACAUGGAGGAGACUUAUAUGUCACUUCUGUACAUGAAGGUUGUAGCUGUAACUUUGGAUGCGCCCUCCAUGCUCGCAAUUUCCCGCUCAGUUGACGUCAUCUUGAGCACAACUAAGGGCACGAAUGAUAGUAGAAAGGAGACAAAUCUACAUGGUAUAGAUCGGAUACCUCCACGGAUGCGAAGAUGAUGAUGUGAUGGGAUUUUCAGAUCGAGUGGUUGACUCCAAUUUCAGCACGAGGAUGUGUGAGUCCUGAUGUGCCUGCAUGUGCUGCAUUGGGUAUCCUUACGUAAGCUUAUUGUUGUAUUGCUAACUAUUUGUGAUUGCUCGUCUUGGUGCUUGUAAUUUCUAUCGGACACAAACACCAAUCGCAGCAUCUUGGUAUAUUGCAAUUGAUUCUCCUUUUUGCGGAAAAACUCCCAAAGCAGGCAGCUAAAUUUUCCAGUGUUCUAUGUCUCCUUAAGACACAAGUUGGAUGGAUUCAGCUGGAGAUUAGUUGAUGCUCUGCUUCAACAAUGCUAUCUUGUUGGAUUAGCUGGUAAGUUUCAAUGUUGAAGGCUUGCUUACACUAUGUUUUUUGCCAGCGGGGGACCACGGUGGAGGGGGUGGAAGGCAUGAUGUUGCUGCGAACAGGCAGGAGGAUCAAGACAUGAUCCAAGAGGAGGCCCAGGAGGUUAUGGAGGCAGUUGGUCUUGCUACUGGCACGACCUGAUCCAGUUCGUGAAUCUAGCAAAGCUUCUCAUCGCCACCCCAUCCGUGAUCUUAUCGGCAUGCACCAUCUACGGGCGAGUCUCUGCCUCCCGUGUGAUGCCAUCCGUGGUCCCCUCUCCUGCACCGAAGGUUUCGGCACUGCACAGCUCACCGCCACUUCCAGGUCCCCUCCUCUUCUCUUCUCAUGUUAACUUGUUUUUGAGAAUUCGGCAGGUGAGCUGCUCGAUAUAUUAAUAGAAGAGUGAGUUUCGUACAAGGAUGACCGGCCCAAACACACGAUCCAGCAGAGAUGGCUAGGAUCUGCUGGUUAAAAGAGAAACUAGCAAGAAAGGGGGACUACUCGCGGGGAGGGAAGAUCUUCGCGCCGGCCAAGUCCCAAGCAGCCGCUUCAUCAUUGAUCUUGGCCAUGGUAGUGGCCACCGAGGAAGAGGCCUGCCGGAAGAUGCGGGCGUUUCUCUCCAGCCAAAUUUGCCAAAGUACCAGGAGGCUCCAUGAACGGACACGGGAUGCUUCCGCCGCCGGUAGCCCAGCGGAGAGGCCGCCGAGCCAGUCUAUAGUACGGGCCGGUGUUCCCCAGGUGGCGGGGUCAAGAGAGUGUGCCGAGGCAAGGACCGCCACCCUCUCCCAGAUACAUCGCGCAUGCGGGCACUCGACAAAGAGGUGCAUACAAGUCUCCAGGCUCCGCAUGCAAAGAGGGCAGAAAUAGUUGUUUGGCCACCGCCUAGCGAGCAGACGAUCCGCUGUCAUGAGUCGGUUCUGCACCACCAACCAGGCGAAGAAGCGGCAGCGCGGCGCAGCCCAGGGCUUCCAGAUUAUGGGGAUGAGGGGGGAGUCCAUCGCGCCCAAAAACUGGAGCCGGUAAGCCGAGGCCGCGGAGUAGCCGCCGUCCGCGGAGAACCGCCAAGUGAACGUGUCCCGCACCUCCGGGGAGAGCUCGGCGAGGCCCAAGAGCGAGCGGAAAGUGACGAAGAGGUCUAGGAGGUCCGGGGACACUCUACCUCGGAGGUCUCGAAUCCACGCGCCAUCACGCAACGCGUCGCGGACGACUCUGUGCUUGCGCCUCGAAAGCAUGUAGAGUUGCGGAGCAAGGGCUUUCGGGGUGGUUCAAAGAUUGAUGUGUAUUUCAAUAAAACAUGGAUACGAAAUCUACCGAUACAUUUCCUAUGUGUAAGAUAUUGAAUUUGAGUACCCUAUCAGUAGCCUCAGAUAUGUUUGCUUCUCUCUGUAUAUUUUUUUUACUAAGGGUUCAUAGAUAUAUGCAUGUAGAAUGUUUAUGUUGACACUAUAGGUAUUUUGCUGAUGGGGUUGGGAGAGUCCAGCUUUAUUGAUCACAUAAAGGCGUUACUUGUUAGUUUUAAUUAUUAUCUCAAUGUUUAUGCUGCUGUGAACUGGGUUAAUUUUUUACCACUAAAAAAUCGGUGAUGUUUUUCUUUCA